AAAUCGUGGUUAGAUACAAUUCAUCACUCCAUGUAUUUGGUAAACCAUCACAAUGUCAGUCAAUGGAAUAACGCAUGGCUUUACCCUCCCACCACCAAUGGUGUCCUUUCCAAUUAGAAUAGCGUGCGCCAGUGCAGCGUGUAAAUAGCCUACUUAACGUCCUGAAGCAGCAACAAUACAGCCCUUAGUUGAGUUGAGAACUUUUCUCUUUUGUUUGGCUCUGUGGUUUCAAUGAAAGACGCAUUCAAUGAAGUCCUCCCACAGCGCUCUUAGCGUUAUCGAGGAGGCGUUUCUGUUACAAAGUUUGGUUUUCUGAGGGAACUUCAACAAAACUUCCAUGAGUUGUUUGCGGUCUGUUGUUAGAAAAAGAAGGGAGAUUCUUUUUGUCGGCAAAGAUCAACGCAAAGAGCUUGUGUAGCCUCGGAAUGCGGAGUCCCGCAUUUACCCUGAGGUCUGGAAGCUGAAUUCUUGUACAACUCUGCCGGGUGAAGACGUUUAUAACGGAGUCUAGUCCUGCCGUCUGUACUUCACUGCAAGGAGAAAAUGCUGCCAGAUGAUUUUAGCUUGGGCAGCAAGUUUAAUAAUAGAUAGAACUUGAAUGAAAUGACAUUCGGCUCUUCGAGAGGAAAGGAAUAAAGUGGGUUUCCUUCAGUCGUGCUGCAACAUGUUCAUUCACUGGAGUUGUGGAUUAAAUAUUCCCGGACCAACUUUUUCUCCCACUUACUUUGUUGUGGCGGCUGGGAUCUUAGCCGUGCUGGAAAACGGUAAAACAUUAGCAGUUGAAGGGGGAUCAGGUGCUGAUGUUCACAGGCUACCUCAGUAUGAGGUGGUGCACCCCUCCAGGGUGGACGCGGCGGGCCGGUUUGUGUCAAACGUGCUCUCUCACCGCGUGAGCAGGGUGAAGCGGCGGGACGCCGGGUCGGGGCGGGGUGGCCCGGCCCGCGUCUUCUACCAUCUUCAGCACGAGGGCCAUGACCUGCGCCUCAACCUCACCCUCAACCCCAACCUGCUGGCCCCCGGCUUCCUCACCGAGCGGCGGUACGGUGGCCUGGACGGGGCCAAGAUCCGCUCCCAUGACCACGCCUUCUGCCACUUCCUCGGGGAGGUGUGGGAGCGGCGGGCGGUGAGGGGUCAGGCGGCCAUCAGCACCUGUGACGGCCUGACUGGACUUUUUAAGCUGUCAGAGGAGGAGUUUUUUAUCAGACCCUUGGAGCCUGCUCAGAAUGAAGGGUCCCCCCAGGCUCACAUGAUAUACAAGCGCCACAUUGCCCAGCCCCCUGCCCCGUCCAUACACUCCCUGCCCCAGGACCAGCGGGCCAAUGGGACCUGCGGGGUCACAGACCUGCGCAGCGGCUGGACGCGCGCGGAGCGCCAGCGGGAGCGGUGGGAGGGCCGGCGGCAGAGGCGCAGGCUCCGGCCGCGCUCCGUCAGCCGGGAGAAGUGGGUGGAGACCCUGGUGGUGGCCGACCCCAAGAUGGUGGAGUACCACGGCAGCGAGGGCGUGGAGAGCUAUGUGCUGGCAGUCAUGAACAUCGUGUCGGGUCUGUACCGCGAUGCCAGCAUCGGGAACGCCAUCAACAUUGUAGUGGUCCGCCUUAUCCUGCUGGAGAAGGACGAGGACGACCUGAAAAUCACCCACCAUGCAGACAACAGCCUGAGCAGCUUCUGCAAAUGGCAGAAACGGCUCAACAUGAAAGGGGACGAGCACCCAGUGCACCAUGACGUGGCGGUCCUCCUCACCAGGAAGGACAUCUGCGCCGCCAUCAACAAGCCGUGCGAGACGCUGGGGCUGUCUCACGUGGCGGGGAUGUGCCAGCCCCACCGCAGCUGCAGCAUCAGCGAGGACACCGGCCUGCCGCUGGCAUUCACCGUGGCGCACGAGCUGGGCCACAACUUUGGGAUUCAGCAUGAUGGGAACGGAAAUGACUGUGAGCCGAUCGGGAAAAGACCUUUCAUCAUGUCUCCACAGCUCCUGUACGGCACGUCUCCACCCAGCUGGUCCCGCUGCAGCCGGCAGUACAUCACCCGCUUCCUCGACCGAGGCUGGGGCUGGUGCCUGGAUGACGCCCCAGCGCGGGACGAGCUGGCGCUGCGCUCCGUGCCCCCUGGUGCUCUGUACAGCGCCGCGCACCAGUGCCGCCUGCAGUACGGCUCAAACUCCCUCCUCUGUGACGACAUGGACAGUGUUUGCAGCACGCUGUGGUGCACCGUGGCUGACACCUGUCACUCAAAGCUGGACGGCGCUGUGGACGGGACCAAGUGCGGCGAGGACAAGUGGUGUUUCAACGGGGAGUGUGUGCCCAUGGGUUUCAAGCAGGAGAGGGUGGACGGGGGCUGGGCAUCGUGGGGCGAGUGGUCGCCCUGCCCCAGGACCUGUGGCGCUGGGGUGCAGAAUUCCCAGAGGGACUGCAGCAACCCUGCGCCCAAGUACGGAGGGAAGUACUGCCUGGGCGAGCGCCGCAGAUACCGCAUCUGCAACAGCCAGCCCUGCCCAAGCAACCUGCCCUCCUUCAGGCACGUGCAGUGCAGCCAUUUCGACACCAUGCCGUACAAGGGCAAGUUCUACAAGUGGGUGCACGUCAACAACAGAGUGAACCCAUGUGAGCUGCACUGUCGUCCCCUGAACGAAUACUUCUCAGAGAAGAUGCUGGAUGCAGCCAUCGAUGGGACACAGUGCUACGAGGGAACCUCCAGUCGGGAUGUCUGCAUCAACGGCAUCUGCAAGAAUGUGGGCUGCGACUACGAGAUCGACUCCAACGCGGUGGAAGACCGGUGCGGAGUGUGUCAUGGCAACGGCUCCACCUGCGAGACGGUGAAGAAGACGUUUGAGAAGAGCGAGGGGCUGGGCUAUGUGGACAUUGGUCUGAUCCCAGAGGGAGCGAGGGACAUUCGCAUAGAGGAGGUGGCCGAGGCUGGGAACUUCCUGGCUCUGCGCAGCAGUGACCCUGACAAGUACUUCCUGAAUGGCGGCUGGACCAUCCAGUGGAACGGGGACUACAAGGCCGCAGGGACGGUGUUCACCUACGAGAGGACUGGCCACCUGGAGAACCUGACCUCUCCAGGACCCACCCUGGAGCCUGUGUGGAUACAGCUGCUCUUUCAGGAGACCAACCCUGGUGUUCGCUACGAGUACACCAUCAGCCGAGGAGAGACCUUUACAGAUUCGGACAAUGACAUUGCUGUCCUGGAUUUCAUGUGGCAGUAUGGCUCCUGGACAGAGUGUACCGCCACCUGCGGGACAGGUGUCAAGCGGCAGAUCGUCCACUGCCUGGAGCGGACUUCGGGAAUAGUGGAGGAGCACUACUGCGACCCGGCAACCCGCCCCGACGACAAGCGAGCCAGCUGUAAUGAGGAGCUGUGCCCUGCCAGAUGGUGGGUGGGAGAGUGGCAGAAGUGUUCCACGACCUGCGGGGACGUGGGGACGGCCAAGAGGACGGUGCUGUGCAUUCAGAGCGUGAGCCUGGAGGAGCAGAGGGCCCUGCUGCCCUCCGAGUGCCAGCACCUGCCCCACCCGGAGACCGUUACCCCCUGCAACACGCACGUGCCCUGCCCCUCCGACUGGAGCGCAGGCAACUGGUCAGAGUGUUCGGUGUCGUGUGGUGGGGGACUACGGAGCCGUGAUGUGCUUUGCAUGCGAAACACUGGAGCCGACUGUGAUCCAAAGAACAGGCCGAAUGCAGAAAAGCCCUGCCGGGCACCAGACUGCCCCAAGCUGGUGGACGACUUUGGCACCGAAUGGUCAGGCAGUGGUUCAUCCAGCAGAGAGGUGUUUGGCGACAUCAACUCCAUACCGGACAGCAAGCGCUCGCCAAAAUCCGGCCAAGGAACUACCAGGUCCCGCCCGUCCCCUAGAGGCCAUGGCGGUGACCCGAAUGACAUCGUCAGAGGAGUUUUCUCUCAGCACAAUCACAUCGAAGAGAAUGGGCACAACCACAUUGACAGCAGUAACAAUGUGCAGGUCGACGACUUCUACUACGACUACAACUUCAUCAAGUUUCACGAAGAUCUGUCGUACGACUUUGACCUGAGCUUUGGGAAUGAGGGUGGAAGAGUGAGUGAGAACGAUGUGGGGGGUGGUCAGGGAGCUGAUCAGGAAGAGAAGUCCGAUUCCGGUGCUGUCCCAGUAAAGAAUGAUCCUGAAGAAAGGACCACAGAUCCACCUGCAGUUACUUUGCGUAUGCAUACCACCACCCAAGAUCUCCUGCCCAGUGCCAGGACCACACCCCAGAGUGGCAAAGUCAAGGGCCAAAAGACUCUUGCUGUUCUGCCAGUGGGUCAUGCAGGGGGUCAAGUCGACAUUCCGGCAGAGAAGCCCUCCAAGAUCUUGAUUGAGAACGAGGAGGACGGGUUUGAUUCGGAGGACUAUUUCCUGCUCGUUUCCACCACAUCUACGCCAGCAUCCCACAUGUCCACUCCCAGCUUCUCACAGGGGUGGAAAGCCUCAAAUGGUGAUGCUGGCCUCAGUGAGGACCGUUGGACAGUCCACACCUCUGGGUCUGCUGAGACAGAACCUUCCAAAGAUGUGUCUGGGUCCAAUGAGAGGGAGGAGCCAGAGGGACUCUCCCAUGAUUCCCUGGGGAGAAUCUCAGAGGAAGGAAUUCAUGCUGGUGAAACCAAAGAUGACUAUGAAGCUAUGGAGAGCCAGUAUGAGGAUGAGGAUUCACUGCAUGGAGAUUUGAUGGAAGUUACUGUUAGCCAUGACCAUAGCACUGGAGAACUUCCCAAGGAUCUGAUUGGUGGGAAGUGGGUGGACGUGCAUGACGUCAGGAUCCAUGUGCACAGUCCGAGCAGAACCGAAGCUGAGCGCAUAGAUGAAAAUACUCAUAGGAACAGCCAGAGUGAGUGGGGAAAACUCUUACCUUCCAAAGGAGCCACCAGUGGCAGUCUGCUGUUUCACAUUGAAACCAACAAAGAGAGUCAGGCUAAACCUGAAAACCCAACAACAACUGCAGAGCCCACACGUGGCUGGCAGAGCAGGGACCUUGGAGGAGAAGGGCUGCCCACCAACAUGCCUGAUCAGUAUAAUCCAAUAAACACCACUAUUGAGGAGGCAGAACCCAGGCGGCUGAACUGGGUUCUUGAACACACAGUGCAUACUGAUAAAUCAGGUCCUUUCUCUCUGAGCCCACCUGAUCCAGCUGCUAGAAACCAGGUCCAGCCAACCUCACAGGCUGCAGCUGAAGCCCCACCCCCAACGGAUCUGGAGGAUAACCCAUCACCCCCAGCAGCCAGAGCCGGGUUUGGACAGGCCGCCACCCUCCCCGCUCACCCCACGCACAUCGUGCCCGUCGCAUUUGAAACUGAUGGGCCUAGUCCGGGGGAGGCCAGCCCUCACACUCCCUCAUUCCUGUGGUCAGAAAUAGACUUCAAUGAAAUCCUGAUACCCCGCAAGCUGAGGCCUAGCGGCACGGACCGUCCCGUCACAGACCGGCCCACCCAGGGGGGCGAGAGCCCCGACCCUGAUCGAUUCCCCGGGAACAUGGGCCCCACCCCGCCAGCGCGGCCAGACUCCCGCACUUUCUGGACGGCAGGAAACUGGAGUGGAUGUUCCACGAGCUGCGGCCUGGGCGCCACCUGGAGGCCCGUGCGCUGCAGCACAGGGAACGACUCGGACUGCGACGCAUCCAAGAGGCCCCCGCCCGCCCGCCGCUGCUACCUGCGGCCCUGCUCCACCUGGAGGGUGGGGGAGUGGAGCAAGUGCACCCUCAACUGCGGUGGAGGGGUCAAAUAUCGAGAGGUCCAGUGCCACGACACCCGAGACCAGCGUCCCCUGCGGCCCUUCCACUGCCAGCCUAUCGCCCAAAGGCCUGCCACCCGCAUGCCCUGCAACCUGCAGCCCUGCCUAGACUGGUACAGCUCAGCCUGGGGAGAGUGCUCAGAGCUGUGUGGGGGAGGGGAGCAGCAGCGUCUGGUUACCUGCCCCGAACCGGACGGAUGUGAGGACUCCCUGCAGCCCAGCAGCGUCCAGACCUGCAGCACCCAGCCCUGCGCGCAGUGGGUGACCGGCUCCUGGGGUCAGUGCUCUGUGUCCUGCGGCGGAGGGGUGCAGCGUCGGCUGGUGAAGUGCGUGAACACCGUCACCGAGCAGGAGGAGGAGGAGCGGGAGCGCUGCAACCACCAGCCCUGGCCUGAGAACACGCAGAAGUGCAACCUGCAGGAGUGCGACAGCGCCACACCCGGCUACGUGUGUCUGCGUGACAGUCUGACGUUCCGCCUCUGUCAGACCCUGCAGUGGCUGGGCCGCUGUCACCUGCCCCCCGUCCGAGCCCAGUGCUGUAAAACCUGCAGCCAGCGCUCCCGUGGUAACCAGCGCACUUCUCGACGAUGAGGCCCAGUGGAUCGGACACUGGGCUGCACUAUAUCAGGGAGGAAAGACACAUCCAAAUGCCUAAUACACACAAACACGCACACACACACAUGCACACACAAGCACACAGACACACCCACAAGCACGCACACACACAUACAUGCGCACACACACACAAGCAUGCAUGCACGCACACACACACACACACACACACACACAAGCACUCACACACACAAGCACUCACACACAAGCACACACACAUACAUUACAUUUAUUUGGCAGAUGCUUUUAUCCAAAGUGAUGUACAAUAAGUCUAUAUUGAAGGUCAUUGGAAAACACACGCGCACACACACAAGCACACACUCACGCAUACACACACACACACACACACAGCUUUGAAGCAAACCUGCUGCCUCUGCCCAAAGAGCGGCUGAGUGUCUCCCAGGCCCUCAGGAAGAGGCGUUGUUGAAGGCCGAGUCGUUUUUUCCGCUCCUGACUGCUGGAGACGCGUCAGCUCUGGGUUCCCCCCCUCAGCGUCCCGGUCUUCUCCUCAGCCAGGGCACGUCCCGGGCGCGCUCUGAUUGGCACAGGAUUUAAAUUGGCCCCAGUUGCAAUAACAAAAAACCAUCAUUGUGUUCUCUAAAUACUGUUUCAGUUCCCAAAGCAGAAUUUUCUAGGUUUCCCUUGCAGUUUUGUCUGCUCAAGUUGUGGUUUAUGCAGGCGGUUUGGCAGUAGCAGUGCAUGCCUCUAUAGUCUAAACAGUUUACUGGUUUAGUUGGCAGUCACACAUUCCCCUUGCAGUCAGCACAAUGCUUUCUUCACUAUGGUCAACCUGACCAAUUUCCCCAGGAGGUUCCCAAACACUUGAAAAAUGUAAAACUGGUGCUGCAAUGAUGGCCUGGUGCUAUGGGCAGCUGGGUGCCUUUCCCUACUUGAACUGUUGGUUUGUUAUUUUUAUUUUUAUUUUUAUUUUUAUUUUUAUUUUUAUUUUUAUUUUUAUUUUUAUUUUUAUUUUUAUUUUUAUUAAUAAGAGAUCUCUCGAUGUCUCUCAAUGAUGAAGUGCUCUGGCUGGUGAGGCCAUCUCAAGGGACACACAGGUGUAAAGUAAUACAAUGUUUUUUGUUCUUUUGGUGUUGAGAAAUGUUGAUGGUUAAAGGGGUCUAUACGUUGCUCAAGUAGAAAUCAUGUAAAGUACUAUUUGAGUCAUAUAUAUUUGAUGAUCAGCUUCAUGUAUAUGUAUUUUAAAAGGUUCACAUGUUUUUUUUUAACAAUCAAAUGCUUGUAAAUUAUGCAGCUGGUUUCAGGCAAUAUUUUAUAUUUGCUUCACAGUCUUUUUUAAUCUCUGGUUCCCUUUUUAUUAAUAUAUGUUAAUCUAUAAUUGUUUAUUUGCAGUGCAAGUUUUUCAGAAAGAUAACUGACCUCCUUGUAUUUGAUUCCUGUAAAAUCACUGCAGUAAGAAUCCCAUUUCCUUAUAAUGAAUGAUAGCUACCAGUGGAGUGCAUCUAGUAUGACAGAUAAUGAUUCCUAUUAGUGUAUCAUUGUUUAUUUGCUUUUUGUUUUUUACUUCUGUCCAUGGUGCCUUGCAUAUACAUUUUAAACCACUCAAGUGUUUUGUUACUUUAUUAUUUAAAGCAAUGGCAAACAUCUUUACGUGUGGCCUUGGUGCUUUUUAAAUACGAUGUAUGUGCAUGUGUGUUUUGAUGAUGAUCUGACACUUUAGAAUCAGUGAAUGGACUGGGAGUAAAUGCUGUGUUAAUUCAGGGACCAAAUCAGUCACUCUGUUUGGGAAUUUUAGGCUAAAGACGGUGCCAUUUUUCCACAGCUUUUAUAAUAUACACAGAGUGCAUGAGAGCCUUUGCUUUUCCUCCCCAAACUGGCAUCGCUGCCCGUCUCCAUUCAGUGACCACGGUGCCUCCUGCGCCUGGAGCACUGAAGCGCAUGCACCCCUCUAAUGCACCCGCCUGUAAACCCGCGAAUGUGUUCCACACAAACGGCCGUGCAGCCUUACAGAAGAGAAGUAGUGCCAGCAUGCCUCUGACAGAAGAUCAUUCUCAGCCCGUGUCAUUGGGAGGGUACUCAUGUAGCAUUAGCUUGGCUGACUGCAGCCCACCCUCCUCCCAGUGUCCCACAGCUGUGAAUGCACAGUCAUAGUCAGUUAGUGCCAUAGCUGAGACCAUCCUGCUACUAUAGGGCCCAGCCAGCACCUGUACUGACCAAGCCUCCACUGAUGCAUUAAUAUUAGAACAAUAGAACAGAUUGUGGCCAUGUGUUACAGCUCCCCCCUGGGCCCAUGCCAGCCUGUUUGUGUGUGGACAGCCAAGAAGCUCCUCAGGGUUCAGAAACCCAGCGGUGUGGUUGCGCAUACAGAACACCACACCCUAGGAACCUGCCUUGUUUACAAGUGAUUUUGCAGAGGUCAGCUGAAAAUCGCUCGCAUUCACACGCAAUUAAGAAUGCUUCCUGUUUGUUCAUCCACAGCAGUCCCAGGGCAGCUGGCUCAUUUGUCUGUUUCAGGUACUGAUUUCCAUCUCCGGGCCACUGGCACACAGUCACAGUGCACCCUCGUUUGUAAUGCCUGUGAGCACACAGUGUGCGUGUGAAUUGGGCCGGCGUGUCCACAGCUGCCUGGCAAAUGCACGCCUGUCAAGAGUGUCUGUUCUGUGAAAAAUGGUAGCUGUCUUUCAAGAUAUGUAUUUUCUUCUUGCAGAGAAAAAAAACAAAAAAAAAGAAUUCCGUUUUGUUUUGUAUUUAUACAGUAUGUACCACACCAAAUAAAAAUAUCUAUAAGAACA